AUGGCGUCUGCGCGCUCUCUGAUGCGGCUGGGGAGCAGCCGCUCCUGGGCUUCUGCAUCCAGGGUGUCCGUAUGUGCCCGCGCCUUCUCCUCGACCCCUCUGCAGCGUUCGUCUGAGGAUGUGCCCAAUAUGCGGCAGGCGCAGCGUCCUCCAUUGGGGCCGCUGAAAGCCCCCAUUGUCAAUCCUACCGACAAGUACGCGGACAAGGCCGACAGCCUCCACACCUACGGUCAAUACAUCAUUUCCUGCCUGCCGAAAUACGUCCAGCAGUUCUCCGUCUGGAAAGACGAGCUUACGAUCUACGUCUCUCCUUCCGGCAUUAUUCCCGUCUUCACCUUCCUCAAGUACCACACCGCGGCGGAAUAUACCCAGAUCUCCGACAUCACCGCCGUUGAUUACCCGACCCGGGAUGCGCGCUUUGAGGUCGUCUACAACCUGCUCAGUGUCCGCCAUAACUCGCGUAUUCGUGUGAAGACCUAUGCCGAUGAGGCGUCUCCCGUUCCCAGUGUCACCUCUCUGUAUGAUGGUGCUCUGUGGUACGAGCGUGAGGUCUACGAUAUGUUCGGUGUUUUCUUCAGCGGCCAUCCUGAUCUCCGUCGUAUCAUGACCGACUACGGCUUCGAUGGCCACCCCCUACGCAAGGACUUCCCUCUCACUGGUUACACUGAGAUCCGCUAUGACGAGGAGAAGAAGCGCAUUGUCGUCGAGCCGCUCGAGUUGACCCAGGCCUUCCGUAACUUUGAGGGAGGUACGGCUGCCUGGGAGCCAGUUGGCCCUGGCACUGACAGAACGCCUGACUCGUUCAAGCUUCCUACGCCCAAGCCUGAGGAGAAGAAGGAAGAGGAAAAGAAAUAG